UCUUCAAGUCCAUACGUGCACCUGUAGCAUUCAAAAAAACACACUAAUUGCCCCAAUAGUCGCGAUAAGCAAUGUUAUCCGCCACACGUGACUGUAACAAAGGUCCGUGCGUCAAACGUUUGGAAGGUAGCAUCAAUUUAGAAGCGCGACUCAACUAAAGUUAACUGCGCCGUUUAAUUGUAAUUGUACAUAAAUGCUUUUGGCAACAAACACUUAUUCAUCACAAUAAUCAGUAGACAUCACAUUUCUUUCAUUCGAUGACUUAUCACGCUUAACUAAAUCCAUAAUGCCUUCAUCGGAUUCAGUCGCAAUCUCACCACCAGCUCAAAAAGCUAAGGUUGGUGAGAUCUCUAAGGACAAGGAUAAAGAUGCUCAAACACAACCCGUUCAGAUCAUAGCAUCCUUGCAGGCCCAGGUUGUUAGACACCUCCAGCCAGCCCUGCUUCUCUCCUUGUUCCUCGCCCGGUUCGGGGCUCUGGUGGCAGAUCCGGUAUCAGCUAUGUCAAGCUCUCUUCCUGUAGUUGCGGCUAUACAAGUCACAUAUGCCGUCGUGUGUCUGCCCGCUGUAGGCUCUCAUGUUGCAAAGCCAGUUAAGAAGGCUCGACCUGGAGAGAAGAAGAAGGUUGGAUUGGAGAACACAGGACCAAACAUAGCGGUUACAACACUUGUCGCCCUCAUACUGUCAGCCAUAGCAAGUCUGGCGUUGCAUGUCAUCCUUGUUCUCUUUGGUGCCCCUUUCUUAACCCACAUCGAGAAUACGUUCUUAUGCUCGACGCAUCUGUCCGUCUUAGGUCUUUUCCCAUUGUUCUACACACGUGGUGUGUCGAGCAAGGACUGGCAUGAGAUCCUGAGUGCCAGUGCCCCGUUCGACGAGGCAUUUGGGGGCCUCGUCGGCGGCUGUGUAGGAGCUUGGCUCGGCGCCGUUCCUAUUCCUCUGGACUGGGACCGGGAGUGGCAGAAGUGGCCUGUGACCAUAGUCUGUGGGAUUUAUGCGGGCUACUUGGUUGGGAAGUUACUAGGAGGUACCGUGGCCCUCGGAAGGAGGUUUUCUUAACAUCAGACUGGCAGAGGUGGUAGGCGGACUGUAUGCUCCACGACAAGUAUACAUCGUCACCUGUAUCAUAGCUUCUAAGAGCUCGGCGUCUAUAUUUCGUGGGGCUUACUUAGUUCUCUACCCAACCAACUAAAUACCUAGGUACUAAUCAGUACUGAUCCUGAGGCCUUACUCUGUUCAUCUCUACCUUGGUACUCUCGGCCACACCACCUUCACUUUUUAAAUUUGAAGAUUACCUUCUCUUC